GUAUACAUGCAUUACAUUGGCAUGGAGCAUGUGGGUCUAAAUUUUGCAAACCCCAAUACAAAAUUUUUGAAAUCUUCAUCUGAACUGGCAUCCAUCCAUCCAUCUACAUUUUUAUUUCUUCUUGAAAUUUGAACCUCCCCAUUCUUUUUCUGCCUCUAUUUAAACCUCUCUCUGCUCUAUUCAACUUGUAAUCAAUCAGGGUUUUUCUCUUUGUUUUGGGUCCUUGCCCACAACCUGUUCGACAAAUGUCCUCAAUGGCCAAUCGCUUUGUUUUUAGCGUUUUUCUUCUACUUGCCUCAUGGGUUUCAGCUAAUGCCAAUGGAGUGUCCCAACAGAAGGAUGCUGUAUACCCCAAGGUCCCAGUUCCAGUUCCAGCUCCUUCUCCUCCAGUUUACAAAGCGCCGUCGCCACUGCCGCCUGUGAAACCACCAACAACCCCUGUUUUGACACCACCGCCAGUUAAAGCACCCUACACCCCUGUUCCACCUGUCAAGCUUCCCCCACCUCCUUAUACUCCUUCUCCACCGGUCAAGCCACCGGUGAAGGCACCGUACACUCCUUCUCCACCGGCAAAGGCACCGUCUUCUCCUCCGCCGGCGAAGGCUCCUGUGAAUCCACCAGUGAAGCCGCCGUCCCCUGCAGCUCCUAGGCCACCACCAGUCAUUGGCAAGGCCUGCAACCCAGAAUGUGGAAGAAGAUGCCAGCUUCAUUCAAGGAAAAACGUAUGCAUAAGGGCGUGCUUGACAUGCUGCUACCGCUGCAAGUGUGUUCCACCGGGGACAUACGGCAACAGGGAAGUCUGUGGAAAGUGCUACACUGAUAUGACUACUCAUGGCAACAGACCCAAGUGCCCUUAAGCCAUCACAAGCAAACAAACAUGGCAUCUAUUUCUUUAUCUUCUUUUAAAGGGUUUUGUUCUGCAAUGAGAAGAGUCAGAAAAUCACUGGUUUUUUCACUUUUCCUAAAGGCUCUUUGGAACUACUCAAGAACAUAGAGGAUUAGGCCACAGUUUAUCAUAAUUAUAUGCUCUGUUCUUGAGUGUCUGAAUUUGAUGUAUGAUAAUGAUGGUAUGGUAUUGAUUAAUCUAUCUAGUGUUUGGUAUUGA